GGCCCCUGCACCAUGGGCAAGGGCUGCUCCAGCCUGGCUACUUCUGCCCAUGCUGAGCAGCUGGCUCCCAGCCUGUGCGGGCUUGCAGGCUAGGGCCCAGCAGUCGGACUCCAAUCCAGCCUUUCCUCUUCCAGGGUGCGUCUUUCCCCCACUUCCUCUUCCCCUGCGAGGCUGCUGACUCCCAGCCCGCAAGCCCAUAGCUCCCCCUCCCAUGGCUCCCCACUCCGUGCAAGGCUGGUGAUGGAGCCGGCAGCCCUCCGCCCGCAGCGGUCCGACCCACAGGCAGGGGGCUGCUCCCAGGUAAUGGUUAACCAUUACUUGGUUACUGUCCUCAUCCCUCACGUUUCCUGUGUUCUGACCGGAGGCGCUGAUGCCUGGUGCUCUGCGGUAUCAUGUUUUAACUUGUGAAUCUCAGGAGCUACUGGUGUCACACACUGAUUGGCCAGCAGCCGUGACACUUUAAAUAGAGGAGAGUGACAAACCAAGCAGGGUUCAAAGGGAACGCUGACCUUAGCCAUCCCGACUGCUUCUGCCUGCAGCGGCCCCUCCUUGAGCGCAGGCUGUGAGGUCACUGCAGAGUUCUGUGAUGUUACAGCUAAGAACCUUCUGGGCGCGCCGGGAACAAGGCAGAGAGCCACGCUGGACUCAUGAACCCCCCGAGCCCAGAGGAUGCUGCCCAAAGCAAAGACGGCUCCCCAUUUCUGCUGCUUCCCCGAGCUGACGCCAUUCGCUCCAAACUGAUCUACACCUUCUACUUGAUCGACCACCUUCAGGGGCUGAGCCACGCCAUCCCCCGGCACAACAUCCAGGAUUUCCUCGAUCCCAGGAAGCAGAGGAAGCUGAUGCUCACAGACCAUCACCAGCUGGUUCGUUUCAACAUCACCCCAGUGAGGAACAGCGUCAUCACCCCUGAGAAACGCCUCCGCAAUCGCAUCCGUGUGCGCUGCAGCCGCUGGCCCCCCUUGGCCAUGUGGGCCUCCUGGGUCCUGCACAACACCUUCUUCAAAGGCUUCAUCAUCUGCCUCAUCUUCCUCAACAUGCUGGUUCUUAUGGUCAAAAGUGAGGUGAUGGACAAGCUGGAUGCCCGACUAGUGAGCCUGAAGCUCUCCUUAGAGGUGACCGUCUGGGUCAUCCUCCUCAUUUUUAUCAUCGAGAUUUUGCUGAAUUGGAUCGUCAGUUUCAGGGACUUCUGGAAAAGCAGCUGGAAUGUCUUUGACUUCAGCGUCACUGUAGUGUCCGUGAUCCCCGAGUUCCUGGGCCUGGCUGGCAUAACCAACAGCAUAGCCGCCAUGCGGAUCAUCAGGGCCUUCCGCGUCCUCCGCACCUUGAAGCUCUUCUCCAAGUUCCACCAAGUCCGGGUGAUUAUCCUGGCAAUAGCCAAGACCUUGAAGGCCAUGAUCUUCAUCCUGCUGCUCUUCCUGUUUUUCUUCUACGUGUUCGCCGUGUCCGGCAUCUUCUUCUUCGAGAGCUACAGCCGCUCCGACCGCACAGACCUGGAGUACAGCAUGUACUUCCGGGACUUCCCCAACACGCUGGUGACCCUGUUCAUCCUCUUCACCAUGGAUCACUGGUACGCCCUGCUGCAGGACACCUGGAAGAUCCCUGAGAUGAGCAAGGUCAUCAGCAGCCUCUACAUCAUCCUCUGGCUGCUGGUUGGGUCCUUCAUGUUCAGGAACAUCUUUGUGGCAAUCACGGUGACGAAUUUCCAGACGAUCCGGAGCGACCUGGCGGAGGAGGUGAAGAAGAUAGAGACCCAGAAGAAAGCGGAUUUAUUCAAAAUGCAGAUUCGAGAUAGGUCCCAGGAGGGGAGAGAGGAGCUGGGUCCAGGCGCAGAGGCAGCCCCUCGGGCACAGCAGUCGGAGUACAAGGUGGUGACAAAGCAGAGCAUGAAGGACUUGGACUGGGAGACGUACAUCCAUCAGAACCUGCAGAGCCUGGUGGAGGUGGACGAGGAAGGGCAGGUGGUGUGGCCCAGCGACUCCCUCUUCCGCUACUUGGAGCUGCUGGAGCAGCUGCAGCACAACCUGGAGGAGCACAAAAGGCUGCAGCAUUAUGCAGGUGAGAGGGGUUCCUGGGCGCGCACAGACCGGCAAGGCCAGCAGCAGCCACCGUCCCCCUCCCCUCCUAGCAUUUAG